UUGAUUUGAUAAAAAAUAAUAGUACCUCGGCGGAUUUUAUAUUAAGUGGACUGCAACUAUCUUAAAUACCCUAAAUAUAUAUAUAUGACUUUUUUGUAUGUGUGUGUGUAUUUGUUUAUCUUUCUUCAAGCAUCAAGAGAGUUUUACUUUCGACUGAAUGUUUGCUUUUUCAUUGUUUUUGGGAUAAUAUUCCGGCUUACCACAAUUCCAAUUUUUGACGAGAAAAACAUACCAACAGCAUUUUCUGACUUUGAAAUCUACUUAGAAAGACAAAAUUAACAUUAAGAAUGAAGGACAUUUUAACAGGUGCAAUGUUUCUGUUCGUGAUUUACCAGAACGCGGCAAGAUCUCAAGUUUUUCGUUAUUACAUUGAAAACACUGACUUCGUUGACAAAAUUGUUGGAACCCUAUUAGGUGUGGAAAAAGGACCUAUGCCUUUCAUUGAUUGUGCCAUCAAAUGCAACAGAUGUUGUGCAUGUUUUGGUUUCAAUUCAUUGACAAAGAAGUGCCGUAUCCAUCAAUCAUGUGACGUAAGCAAUGUGAGUGGAGAUGGGGCGGGAUGGAGAUACUAUGUGUUUAACAAAUUAGCGAAUCCAAAAAACUGCCAAGAGCUGUAUGAAGGAGGGUGCACUGCCUCAGGUGUUUUCACCAUUUGCCCUUGGGAUAGGCAUGAUGCGAAUCACCGGUGUGUAAACGCAUUCUGUGAUAUGCAAACCCAGGGUGGAGGUUGGACGGUCCUUCAGAGAAGCGUCGAUGGAUUGGUUAACUUCAAUCGAUCCUGGGUAGAAUAUAAGAGUGGAUUUGGGAUCCUUAAACAAACUUUUUGGAUUGGAAAUGACGUAAUUCAUCAACUGACGCGAGAGGAUAACGUUUCAUUAUACGUUUCAAUAAAGACACCGACUGAAGGAAAGAGAUUCCAGCUGUAUGAUUGUUUCUCUAUAUCUGAUGAGGCUCACAAAUACAAACUUACAUUAGGAGAACCAACGACAGGAACACUAGGUGACAGUAUGGUAAAUACAGAAUACACAGGAGAAGAUAACCUUCUCGGCAUGCUUUUCACCACGUAUGAUCAAGACAACGAUGAGUAUAGUGACGGUAAUUGUGGCGCCAUCUAUGGUGGAGGGUGGUGGUUCAAAUGGUGCCAUAUAGCGCACCUUCAUGGGCCGUGGGCCUCCUCAGAAUGGAUCUAUCCAUGGUAUCCGUCCGUAAUCUCAGGAACCUACAUACAAGAAACCCUCAUGAUGGUGAAACCUAACUGAAAAGUUUUGAUUUCUGGGAAAAAAGAAUAAAAUUAAGUCGUUUUUCGAUUUCAUGUCAUACGUUUGAAAUAUUAUUUUGUUCUUUCAAUAAAUUCUUCA